AUGCUUGGCGGCUUCACCAACUACGCCCACUUGCGGCUGCGGGAUCAUCGGCCCGGCAACGGCGAUUACGAGCUUCCACCAGGGUUUGGCCCCAAGUCGAGCUCGUCGAAGCGCUCCAUCUUUGCGAGCCACUACGUGUCGGUGGGUAGUGAGUCAUGCAGCGCAGGACCUGGCGCAUAUUUACUUCCCACGACUAUCGGCAGGGGCCGCUCAACGCGCUUUGCGCGGCGGUCGAGUGACCGGAGCGGGUCCGCAGCCAAGGCGUCUGCUGGCCAGUUGCUCAGCGACCGCUCGCUCCCAGUCGCUGCCCCCCCAAAGCAAUACAGCAUGGCGCUCUGCCCCGACACUCCCUCCUAUAGUCUCUGCGGUCGUCUCAAGUCCGCGUGGGAUCAGCAGAGCACCCAUGCUUCUCCUGGUCCUGCCGCUUACGUUGUGCCCGGGUACUUCGACACGCUGGACCCCGAGCACCAACAGCACCCGUGGUCGGGCCUGGCACCCGGUGUCCACCUGGGCAUUCGCACAGUGCUGCCGGAGUCGCGCGAGAAGGAGGGCGUACCAGGCCCUGGGGCAUACAACCUUGCACGGUUUGGCGAUGAGCUGCCCCGCACCCGCGAACCCCUUGUCAUUCGAUGCAGUCGUCGUGGCGGCGGUGUCGCCGAAACCCCUGGUCCUGGCGCGUACGACGAUCCAACGUCCAUCGGCUAUCGUGCCGACCAAGUGCGAAUAAAGCGUCUCCUUACGCAGAGCUCCACGUUUGGUGGUCGCUGGCGUAAGCGGGAGUUUCACACGCCUGGGCCCGGGCCUGCUGCGUACAACACCCUCACCGCGACAAAGCUGCUCGAGAAAAACCAGCGACACUCCCCCAGGUUUGUGCGGCGUCACCCAGCGCUGGAUCGACAGUCCGUUGCAGAGGCUGCUGCUGCGCACGUGGAGUUCUCCGGCGCUCCUGCCCUGCAUUCCUUUCCUACCCUCCCCUCGGACUUCGACUUUGACUUUAGGAAAGGCAAAACGAUUGGUGGUAGGCGUCACGAGUCGCUGGCACGGCUGGAGCCCUCUCCCUCGAUGACGCGGGCCGCAGACGACAAGCCAAGUGGCAGCCGCGCCUUCUGGGAGCCCCCGCCGCCUCCCGGUGGCCGUUUUGCAGCAACGCCCUAUGACCCAAGCGCGCAGAGUCUUGCCGCCAAGAAAGCGAGGGCUGAUGCGGCACGCCUUUCAGAAGGGGCAAACUCGGUUCCUGGGCCAGGGUCGUACAAUGUGGAGGCGGACCUCAUGACUCGCCGCGUUCCAGCCUCAUUGUUUGGCCGAAUGUUGAGCGCCAAGUCUGUCUCUGCUGAAAAUGGGGUCCCAGGUCCGGGUCAGUACCGCCUAGUCGACGAGACGGACAGUCGAGGCACCCUCUUCUACAAGGGCGACUUCCACCCACGCGGUUGUAGCGGCCAGGGCCGGUCCGCCGAGGAAAGCCUUGGCGUCGGCCCAGGCGCGCAUUACAACGACGACACCAUGUACAGUUGCAGCAUCAACGGUGACCGCGCCAACAACAAAGGCUAUACGAUGGGUAUCCGCUACCCUGCCAGGGCCACCUAUCAGUACUGCGCCCCAUACGACAAGACGACGAACAUCAACUGCGUCUACGAGGACGAGCUGAACUGGGAGGUGCGGCCCAGCCAGCACCUGCCACCGGUUCGCCGCGGCAAGCAGUAG